ACGUAAAGAAACAAAACCCAAACUCAAAACGCGUGAAAUAUUCCGUUGAAUGGGUCUUCUAUCUGUUCCUUUUCCCCUUUUCCUUUAGCUAUUGGUUUACACGAUCCCUUUCUUUUCCUUUCCGUUUCAUGAUCUCUGGAACCCCAUCACCAACAGAUUCUAAUCAAACCAAAACCUAAAGGAAACCAGAGAGAAAUGGAAAACAAGAACAAUAAUAACUGCAGCUUGAUUUCAUGCGAUAAGCUGGAUCGGGUAGCCAGCUGGGUGGGGAGCAACGUAGCCUCCGCUUUUUUCGCUUCGUUGGAACGCUGCUCCUGCAUCAACCUCAACACUGCCGACCCUGAAGAUGACGACGAAGAGGCUAAGGACCGACCUCUCAUGCUCUCCAAGCCCACCGUCCGCGACAACUCCGACUCCUAUCACGCCACCACUGCCACCGCGGCCGUCACCGCUGCCCACUAGUUCGCCGUAUAAUAAUGAUAAUUAUGAUUAUCGUCAUAUUAGGGUUCGUUCCUUUUGUGCUUAGUUUUAACAAAACAUCGUUUCCUGUACACAGAUUUGGUGAUAUCGAAAGAAUGUGUCAUGGGUUGUAUUUUUUUGUUUUUAAUUAAUCAACCAAUCAAACAACGCAUGUACGCUUUUACAGAAAUUUGUGGGUUCUUAAUGUAAACAUUUCUCCUA